UUGAGCAUUGAUGGGAUAUAAAAGGUAGAUACGCGAAAAAAUAAAUUAUUAAAAUUGAGAGAAAAAAAAUUUAAGUAUAGCGCUUCAUGAAAACGCGUAUACGGGAAUUAAUCAUUAUUUAUUUGAAAAUAUUUAUUAGUAAUAAACAUAGGUACAUAAAUAUAGAAAAAGAAUAAUGAAAACAAAGAAUGAAAUAAUUUCUUUAUUAUUAUUGAAUUAAAAAAAUCAAGAGACCUUAUGACAUAGUAUCUACAUGUGCAAUUUAAUAUUAACAUAACAUUAUAAUGGAGAAAACUACAAUAUAAUGAAGGAAGUUUUACGUACUAGCAAACAAUAAUCAAGAGACACAAAAUUGUCUCAUAUAGUAUAUAAUAAAGAGAAUGAACUUGAAAAUCAUGAAUUGAAAGAUUUUUUUAAAAAUAUUCACAUCGGGUUUAUUAUAGUGAAAAAUAGUGAAAUAACUUUCUUUUCUUUCUCGCAUUUUUGAUCGAGAAUUUAAAGUGAAUUUAAAAUAAUUGUAUUAAGCAUUGUAUUCGGUAAAAUGUUAAAUUCAGCUUUUAAGAUAGUGUCGCCCUGAAGCAGAAAUUUAUAUUAAUUGCAAUGUUAUUGAAAAACAAAAUUUUAAAUAACAUUCACAAAAGAAAAAGAUAAAGUAUUUUAAAUCAGUACAAAAUUGGGAUCGUACAAAGCCGAUUACAAUUAAACAAAUAUCCAGAAGAAAGCACAAGUAAAUUCAGGGAAGUCGAGAACAAAUUGAAAUCUUGCCAUAUAAAAUCUGCGAUUUACUACUCGUAUAAUAUUUAUUAAUACUGAAACUUCAUUUACCGAUAUUAGCCUAUAAAAAAACAUAAAACCAUAUUUCAAAAUUCACAGCAAAAUUCAAACAAAAGUGGUUUUUUAAAGCAAUAAAAAAAUCUUUCAAGUAUUUUAUAUAGAAUAAAGAAAAAUAUUUACAUAAAUCAAUAUGAUUUACAUAAGACUGUGCUUAGUGAUAGCUAUUUUCGGAUUAAGUGUAAUAGUUGCCCCGCAAAAUAUUGCACCAUAUAGAAUUGGUGUUGGCCGUGCUGAUUGUACUGGACCACCUGUUGAAAUCGCCUUUAUGGGUUAUGCAAAUUUAAAGCAAAAAGGACAAGGUCUUCAUUUAAGGCAAUAUUCUCGUGCGUUUGUUGUUGAAAAAGAUAAUCAAAGAGUUGCAUUUGUAAGUGUCGAUGUCGGUAUGGUGGGGCAUGCAUUAAAACGUGAAGCUGUUAAAAAAUUACAAGCAAGAUACGGAGAAAUUUAUACAUUAGAUAAUAUCAUGGUAACAGCAACACAUACACAUGGAGCACCUGGAGGAUUUCUAAUGCAUUUAUUAUAUGAUAUUUCAAUUUUGGGUUUUGUGCCACAAACUUUUGAUGCUCUAGCUCAAGGAAUUUAUUUAAGUGUUAAACGUGCCCACGAAAAUAUGCAUGAAGGCAGAAUUUUCUUAUCUAAAACAACAGUAUUAAAUGCUAAUAUUAAUCGUUCGCCUACAUCUUAUCUAGUAAAUCCACCUGAAGAACGUGAAAUGUAUGAACAUGAUGUUGAUAAAACUUUAACUCAAUUAAGAUUUAUUAACACGGAUGAUCAAUUGAUUGGAGUCUUUAAUUGGUUUGCAGUUCAUCCUGUUUCAAUGAAUAACACAAAUCAUUUGGUAACAUCAGACAAUAUGGGCUAUGCUUCAAUGCUCCUAGAAAAAGAAUACAAUCCUACAAAAUUAUCAGGAAAAGGAAAAUUUGUUGGAGCAUUUGCCAAUUCAAAUCUUGGAGAUGUUUCACCAAAUAUAUUAGGACCAAAAUGCGCAAAAACUGGCAAUGCUUGUGACGUUCAUACAUCAGCAUGUCCAAAAGGUGAGGGAGAAUGCUUUUCUUCUGGCCCUGGCAUUGAUAUGUUUGAGAGUACAAAAAUGAUUGCGACUAGAAUUUAUGAAAAAGCCUCGACGCUACUAAAAGAAAAUGAAGGACGUGAAAUAACUGGUGAAAUUUCAUACAUUCAUCAAUUUGUUGAUAUGCCAAGUUACAAUUUUACUACAAUUAAUCCAAACACAAACAAAACUCAAUUAAUAAAGGGAUGUAUCCCAGCAAUGGGAUAUAGUUUCGCCGCUGGUACAACAGAUGGGCCUGGUUCAUUUGCCUUUCAACAGGGUACAAUAACUGAUAAUCCAUUGUGGAAUGCCGUACGAGACUUUAUAGUUUCUCCAACUCAAGAGGAUAUCAGUUGUCAUUCUCCAAAACCAAUUUUAUUAGCAACUGGAAGAGCAACAUUUCCGUACGAGUGGCAACCUAAAAUUGUUGCAACUCAACUUUUGAAAAUUGGUGAUCUAAUAAUAACUGGAGUUCCAGGAGAAUUUACGACAAUGUCUGGCAGACGAUUAAAAAGGAAAAUAAAUGAAACUGCUUUUGAAAUUUUAAUGAACUCGUCAAGACAAAAUACACAAGAUAAUCCAAAUAAUUUGGAAAUAAUUAUUGCUGGCUUAGCAAAUGUAUAUUCCAGUUAUAUUACAACUUAUGAAGAAUAUCAACAGCAACGCUAUGAAGCUGCCUCAACCAUUUUUGGACCACAUACCCUCUCUAUUUACAUUCAUCAAUAUCAAAAAUUACUGAAAGCUAUGCUAGAUAAAACGAAAGUUGAACAAGGUCCGAUUCCACCAUAUUUAAAUGAUCGCAUGCUAUCAUUAAACACUGGAGUUGUUUUCGACGGUCAUCCCAUUGGCGAGGAUUUUGGCUCGGUCAAAGUUCAACCUAAAAAGGAAUAUAAACUUGGCGAAACCGUUAAGGUUUCUUUUAUUGCAGGCAACCCACGAAAUAAUAUUUUUCAUGAAAAAACUUACUUCACUGUAGAACGACAGAUAAAUGAAGAACGUUGGAAAGUAACUUUCACGGAUGCAAAUUGGGAGACAAGAAUGUAUUGGGAACGUAAAUCUACCAUUCUUGGUUUUAGCGAUAUUCAUAUUACUUGGACAAUUGGUCCUGAUACAACUCCUGGGGUAUAUAGAAUUAGACAUUUUGGUAAUUAUAAGUAUAUAUUGGGCGGUGUUUUUCCAUAUGAAGGUACAAGUAGAGCGUUCAAAGUGAAUUCUGAAUAAAUUUCACUUGGCAUUGUAUCCAAAAUGUAAUGUCUUUUUUUGUUUUUCUAUUCUUUGUCAUGAACUAGUCAUUUGUAUAAAUUUUAGAUUAUCUAUAUAAAAUUAAGUAGUUUAACUUUUACUUUUUGUUUUUCAAUAUUUUUUGAAAUAAAGUAGCCAUAGCAAAAUAAAUUUUAAAUUCUUAGUAUAUUACUCCAGAAUAAUGACAUCAAGUUGCAUUCAAUAUUAUUUAAAGUUUUUGUAAUAUAUUAAAAUGUUGCAAAUUGAGAAUGUGGGAAUUUAAAUUCAUCCAAAAGAAAAGCUUUAAAUUUGUUUAAAUAAAAUGUAAGAUAAGAAAAGAAGUCGCAUUUUCUAUUUUGUUACAUAUAUGUAUAAGGGAUCGCAUAAACGCGAUCUUUGUAAUUUAAUUUAAAUAAAUGAAAGUUGCAUAAUAAAUAUAAAAUUUAUUUAUAAAUCAAAAAAUUAAAUAGAAUUUUUAAUAGUUUGCCAUACUUAGUACGGUAACAAACUAAAGUUAAGCAGAUUUUUCUUGCGAAGACAAAAAUACUAUAAGCAAGUGAAAUUUGCCUCUUUUUCAAUUCAUGUAUGCAAAUAAAGCGAAUCACAAACCAUGCUAAAUAAUAAAUUUACAGAAUUUUGUAUUUUUGUUCACAUUUUUACUUUAUUUUUUAAAUUAUAUUUUUCUUUCAAAAUUGAUUUUAAACUGUAUUGAUAAAUAUUAGCAAUUUUAAAAUAUUUUACAUUAUUUUAUAUGAUUUUAAUAAAACAUAAAAACAUUUAAAAGUACAAAAUUUUUUUAUCCACAAGUGGUAUGAACGAAAUUCUAAAUUUACAUAUUGAAAAUAUUGCAGUACUAUAAAACUUAUAUUUACUCCUUACCCGAAUCAUAAAUUAUAAUUGGUGAUAUAAAAAGAAAAAUUUUUAAUUUUAAUUACAAAAGUUAAAAAAAAUUUAAGUUGUAUAUUUAAUUUAAUUUUGAGUUUUUAAAGUGAUUUUUUUACACGUUUGAUUUACGUUUUCUUCUUAUUUUCGCACAUUAUGGAUUUUAUGACACCAAUUAGAAUAUGAUUAAGGUUCUUUGAGUUUACACUGUACAAAAAUUAAUUAAUCUUCCAAAGAACAAAGAAAUUAAAAAAAGCAAAGCACCAAUCACAAGAUAUGAACAGAAUCUAUAUCUUACUAUAAAUUUUAGAAUGAAAGCGUUGAUGGUGUGAACGUGAACUAAAAUACAUACAUACAUGCACUAAAAAAUUAAUUUUUAAGAUGAUUAUUAAACUAUAGAAAUAAUAAAUAUUUAACGCACGAUAGGUACACGUUAAUAUUUAAAAAUUGAAUACUAUUUAGAAAAAUUUAGUUGUUAUUAUUUAACCGAAGAAUAUUUCAUAAAAAGUGAUGUAAAUUAUAAUAAAUAUAGUUAUUAUAUACAUGCAGUUUAAC